GGUCAGCUGGACAUGGAGGGUGCCCUGACUGCCAGGGACCGGGUUGGAAUCCAGGAUUUCGUCCUUCUGGAUGAAACCACAGAUGCGGCCUUCCUCAGCAACCUCAAAAAACGCUUCAGCAAAGAUCUGAUCUAUACCUACAUCGGCACAUUGUUGGUGUCUGUCAAUCCCUACAAAGAGUUGGACAUCUACAACAAGAAACAGAUGGAUCUCUACAUGGGAGUCAACUUUUUUGAGCUUCCACCUCACAUCUACGCCUUGGCAGACAAUGCCUACCAAACCAUGCUGACAGAGUUCAACAAUCACUUCAUCCUGAUCUCGGGUGAGAGUGGAGCAGGGAAGACCGAGGCCUCCAAGAAGAUUCUUCAGUAUUAUGCUGUCAGCUGUCCCAGCACCACUCUGCUCAACACUGUCCGAGACAAAAUGCUCAUGUCCAACCCCGUCCUCGAGGCUUUCGGCAAUGCCAAAACACUGAAAAACGACAACUCAAGUCGGUUUGGGAAGUACAUGGACAUCGAGUUUGACAGCCAGGGUGAUGCUGUCGGAGGCCACAUCCUGAACUACCUGCUGGAGAAGUCGAGGGUUGUGCACCAGAAUCACGGGGAGAGAAACUUCCACAUCUUCUACCAACUGGUGGAGGGAGGAGAGGACAACCUCCUGCACCAGCUGGGCCUGGAGAGAGACUCCCAGCAUUAUAACUAUUUAACCCAAGGAGAAUGUGCCAUUGUGUCUUCAAUUAAUGACAGAAACGACUGGAAAACUGUCAAAAAUGCUCUGCAAAUCAUCAACAUUGAUGAGAUAAACACUAAUCAUCUUUUUGGGAUCAUUGCCAGCGUUCUCCACCUGGGGAAUGUUCAGUUUGACUCGGACAGCAAAGGGCAUGCCCUCCUGAACAACAAUGCAGAGCUGCACUGGGUGUCCAAUCUGCUAGGAGUCGAUGCUCGAAGUCUCCAGGAGAGUCUCACAUUCAGGAAGAUUGAAGCCAGACAAGAGCAGGUGCAUGCCCCAUUCACCAUCGACCAUGCCAUCUAUGCCAGAGACGCUCUGGCCAAAGCCAUCUAUGGACAGACCUUCACAUGGCUGGUGAGCAGGAUCAACGAGUCUAUGGAGAACAAGGUGAGAGAGGAGAAGGAUACGGUCAUAGGUCUUUUAGACAUUUAUGGAUUUGAGGUUUUCUAUGUUAACAGUUUUGAGCAGUUCUGUAUAAACUACUGCAAUGAAAAGUUGCAGCAGCUUUUUAUCCAGCUGACAUUGAAGGCUGAGCAGGAGGAAUAUGAAGCAGAAGAUAUUGAGUGGGAGCCGGUUCAGUUUUUCAACAACAGGAUCAUCUGUGACCUGGUUGAGGAGAAACACAGAGGAAUCAUAUCUAUACUGGAUGAGGAGUGUCUCAGGCCAGGGGACGCCACAGAUCUCACCUUCCUGGAGAGACUGGAGGACAAGAUGGGGAAUCAUCCUCACUUUGUAACGCACAAACUGGCCGACAAAAUGACACGCAAGACUCUGGAGAGGGGGGAUUUCCGCCUCUUACAUUAUGCUGGAGAGGUCACCUACUGUGUUGUGGGUUUCCUGGACAAAAACAACGACCUAUUAUAUAGAAACAUAAAAGAUCUGAUCUGUCAAUCUAAAAAUGCAAUAGUCAGAGAGUGCUUCUCCACAAUAGAUCCAGACAGCCUGCGAAGACCCGAAACAGUGGCAACCCAGUUUAAGAGCAGCCUGCUGAAGCUGACAGAGAUCCUCAUGGCUAAAGAGGCCUGGUACAUCCGCUGUCUGAAAUCCAACGAGUCCAAGCAGCCAGGUCAAUUUGAUGAAGCAUUGAUCAGGCACCAGGUGAAGUAUCUGGGCCUGAUGGAGCACCUCAGAGUUAGACGAGCUGGUUUUGCAUACAGGCGUAAAUAUGAGGUCUUUUUACAGAGAUAUAAACCCUUGUGUCCGGCCACAUGGCCUCACUGGAACGGAGUGCCCGCUGAUGGAGUGGAAGUUCUGGUUCAACAUCUGGGCUACUUUCCUAAUGAGUACAAAAUGGGACGUACAAAAAUAUUCAUCCGUCAUCCGAGGACACUUUACGCCACAGAGGAUGCUUUUGAGAAGUGUAAACAUGAACUGGCAACAAAGCUGCAGGCCAAAUACAAAGGAUACAGAGCAAAAGGAGAAUUCAAAAAACAAAAAGAAGCUGCCACUAAGAUUGAAACCUGUUGGAGAGGAGUUCAGGCAAGGAAGGAGAAAGAGAGGAGAGCCUGGGCUGUCAAAGUCAUCAAGAAAUUUAUCAAAGGUUACAUGACCAGAGGACAAGCAAAAACCACAGAUAACUCAGAAUAUCUAGCCUUUGUGAGACAAAAUUAUAUGAACAGACUUAAAGAAAAUCUGCCAAAGACCGUUUUGGACAAAACAACCUGGAAAACUCCUCCAGCUGUGCUUGAAGAGACGUCAGAAAUACUGCGUAAGCUUUACUACCGUCUUAUGGUGCGGAAAUAUGUGAGAGGAAUCACCCCCCAGAGAAAAGUACAGCUGCAACUAAAGCUUGUAAGCAGCUCCAUCUUCAAGGGCAAAAAGGAGAGUUAUCCACAGAGUGUCGCUCAACCUUUUGUGGACACCAGAAUCAGUGAACAAGAAAUAAACAUGAGGGUUCUCCAGAUGAUUCGCAACGAGCAGAUUAAGUACAGUGUCCCGGUGAUUAAAUAUGAUAGGAACGGUUUCAAACCGAGGCCACGACAGCUCAUCCUCACAAAGACAGCUGCUUAUGUGAUAGAGGAGGCCAAGAUCAAACAGAGAGUGCUGUACACCUCCCUCAAAGGUAUUUCGGUCAGUAGCUUGACUGAUGGCAUCAUUGUUUUCCACAUAACAUGUGAGGACCCUAAAGAAAAGGGGGACCUUGUUAUGCAGUGUGACCACUUGUUUGAGUUUCUGACCAAACUUACCGUCAUUGCUAACAAACAGAAUGCAAUCAAAGUGGUUCAGGGCAGCAUCAAGAUUGAAAUCCAGGCAGGUAAAGAGAGUGCCGUGGACUUCAGUGCCGGACAGGAGCCCAUGGUGUACAAGGCCAAGAAUGGACAUCUGAUGGUGGUUACGACUCGGGCAAGGACACGGUAACAUAUGUGGGGGUGAGAAGACACACAAGAAGCCCCUGAAUAUUUCAUCAGGAAACCCCUACAGGGAGAUCAAAAUGUCUACAGGAAACACACAUUUAAAGAAACAGCACCACUCAGAAACUUUAAGGUUUUUUUUGUUCCAUACAUAUGAAUAUUAAACCCACAUUUUAACGUAAUAAAAUUAAUGUAAUAAAACAAACUAAAAACAUUUGUUUUUAACAUCAAUGCUGAAGGCAAAGGCUGAACCUAAGACAGCAAAUCAAACGGUUCAAUCUAAAAUCUGAAGUUUUACACUCGACAUUACUCAUUAUCAGCUAAAUGUGUCCCUCUAAAUUUGCAUUGAAGCCAUAUGUAUCAUAUUUUUGUAUGUUCACUGAUGAUGGGAAUGUGCAUAUUAAAGACAGACCAAAAAAGUGUUUCUAGA